AUGGCUUCAAAAGACUUGCCUCCACGAACAGAGGCCUUCUUUCCGACCAUCUUCUAUAAGACACAAUUCUGCGAAAAGCAUGGUGGCCUUCCGCUCGGGUUGACACUCUUGUCCAAAGUCGCCAUUGUCACAGGCUCAAAUGUUGGCCUCGGAUUUGAAAGCGCGAGACAGCUGCUGGCCCUGAAUCUCUCUCAUCUGAUACUUGCUGUACGUUCCACUGAAAAGGGCGAACAGGCGGCAAGUCAACUCCGCGCUCAGUUUCCACAUGCGAAGAUCGAAGUGUGGAAGCUGGACAUGUGCAGCUACUCGUCGAUCCAAGAGUUUGCUUUCAGGGUGGACGCGGACUUGACCAGGCUGGACAUUGCUCUUCUAAACGCGGGCCUUGUGAAGCCAUCUUACACCGUGGUCAAGGAGACAGGUCAUGAAGAGACCGUGCAAGUGGUGAAACUACCUUUCGACGGUGCUCCUGGCACUCCUCCUCAUCCCAAGCCUAUGCACCAAGCGACCUCCUGGAGGACAACCAGGCAGACUGACGAUGGUCAAUUCAGGACUCUCCCUCGUCGGGAAGCUUCCUUUGAAUCCCAAAAAGCCAGAGCAGCCCAUUCUACAAUCUUUCGACAACAAGGAGAAUUUCAGCAGCACGUCAUGGUACAACAACUCCAAAACACUCAUGCAUUUGUUCCUGUGGAAGCUGUCCGUUACCUUCACGCUGACGAUGUUAUUGUCAACAUUGUCGAUCCGGGUUACGUCAAAGGCACUGAAGGUGUCAGUAAAAUGCCCAAGCUUACAGCGAUGAUGGCCAAGUCUUUCGCAGCCCUCACGGGGAGAACGGUUCAAGUCGGCGCAUCCACCUAUGUCGACGCUGUGGCGGUGAAGGGCAAGGAGAGCCACUGUUGCUUCCUCACCAGUUGGAGAAUCCAUCCAUUUGCGCCCUUUCUUUACACGCCGAAAGGUAAGACGUUAAUAGAGAAGCUGUGGCAGGAGACUUUGGCGGAGCUGAAAUUCGCCAAACCUGAAGCAUUGCUGUCGGAAAAGAGUCUCAGAGACGCUGAGGCUGGCCACGAUGGAGGAUUCAGAGACUUUAUCCAUCCGAAUGUCGAGGACAGAGAAUGA